AUGUCUGUUCCACUCACCAAGGUCGAUUCUGCCAUCGCUGGCUUGUCCAUACAAGACGAAAAGCCACUGGCCCCAACAGAAACGGAAGUCAAGAAAGAGAAGAAAUCCAGGCGACUCUCAUCUCAAGCCGAUGAUGUCUGGAACAUCAAGGACCUAGAGGAGCAAAAGAUUGAGAUCACCCUGCCCAUCGAGACCCAGAAGACUGGAUGGAGACUCAACACUUCACCAAACACCAUCGAGGACAAGGACAUCCUCAAGCUCAAACUUACAAAUCCUCCCGUCAAGAAGAUUGACUUACACUUCCCCUUGGGCCUAGAGGUCACCGCCCGCAACCUAAAGGGCGUCACAAUCAAGGACGCACUAGAAGCAAUCCACAAACAGUUCAAGAAGAAGGCCGAUGAUGAGUUAGAGAAACCCUUCCUCGCUGGCUUCGAGUGGGACAAGGAAGAGUGCUGGACACGGUUCAUUGUGCACCAAACCGACAAGAACACUGCACCACAUCAAAAUGAGAGUGGCAAGAAAUCCAAGAAGAAGAAGAAGGACGAAGAGUAG